AAAUGAAUGUUUAUAGAUAUCUAUCUUAUACAUUAAUCUGUAAGAUAGCAUGAUGAAAGGAUAUAUGCUUUUCAUAAUCUUCAAUUGCCUUCCCCACUUAUGUACAGCAGCAGCAUAUGGUGAAACUUGUGCUGAUAUCAGUGACUGUACUGAUGGUAAUUAUCUAGAGUGUGAUGCAGACAAGAAAUGUUCAUGCUCAACAGGAUAUACAGUAAAUGGGAAUGUUUGUAAUGCUGAUCUUGGAACAGGCUGUUCAAAUGAAGUAUCUUGUUAUGAUCAAAAUGCUGAGUGUGUUGGAACCCCAGCAAAAUGUUCAUGCAAAAAUACACAUUAUGAUGACAAUGGUGUUAUAGAUGGAGGAACGUGUCAGUUGAAGAAAAAUUUAGGUGAUGAAUGUCCAGAUCCAAAUACUGUGCCAGAUACAUGUUCUAUAGGGAAUAGUGGGUGUUCACCUGAUGGUUCCUCAUCAACUAACCACAAAUGUAAAUGUGUAUCACCAUAUAUGGAGCAAACUGGAACCUGUGUAGCUACAUGGUCUGAGUGGACAAACUGGGGAAACUGUGAUGUUACAUGUGGUAGUGGGUCAAGAACACGAACAAGGACAUGUCCUGUUCCUAAUAAUUGCGCUGGAGAUGGAACAGAAUCUCAGCCAUGUACAAGUGGAGAUUGCCCUGUAGCAGUGGAUGGUAUUUGGGGAAAUUGGACACCAUGGUCAGCCUGUUCUCCAACUUGUGGUGACAGCAGUGGUCAGCAGACUAGAUCAAGAAGUUGUAAUAACCCUCCACCAUCAAAUGGUGGGCAAUACUGUAUUGGUAGCAGUUCAGACACACAACCAUGUAUCAUAAGUGCUUGUUCAUUUAAUGGUGGAUGGACUCCAUGGACAACAUGGGGUGAUUGUUCAGUCACAUGUGGUGGAGGAACACAGACCAAGUCUAGAACUUGUACAAACCCUGCACCACAAUAUGGUGGUGCAGAAUGUUCUGGAAUUGGUUCUGAUUCUCAACAGUGUAACACUCAAUACUGCCCACUUAAUGGUGGAUGGACUCAAUGGUAUACAUGGGGUACUUGUUCAGUCACAUGUGCUGGAGGAAGACAGACCAGGUCUAGAUCUUGUACAAACCCUGAACCACAGUAUGGUGGUGCACAAUGUUCUGGUAGUGGUUCUGGUACUCAAGAUUGUAGCACUCAAAACUGCCCAGUGAUUCCUUUUGGGCAACCAUGUAAGAUGGGUGGAGACAAGUGUGAAGGGCAAUAUACUGAAUGUAAAAGUGAAACUUGCCAAUGUGUAAAUGGAUAUUAUUGGAAUGGAAAUAACUGUGUUAUCAAGGUUGGCCUUGGCUCUAAUUGUCCUAUGCCAAAUGCAUGUUCAUUUUCUCGGGCUGCAUGUGUUGGAAGCGAGUGUAGAUGUAACAACACAUAUUACGAUACAAACACUGACAAUACCAUUGGAGGUAGUUGUGAGACAAGGAUAAAUCUUGGAGGUCCUUGUUCCAGUAACCAUUUGAACAAUAAACAAUGUAUUGACCAAAAUGCAAGCUGUCGAUGGUUGUCCUCCUAUAUCUGUUCCUGUGAUGAACGUUAUCAUCCAGAGGGAAGUAGUUGUAAACCAAAUGUUGCACUUGGUGGCAAUUGUCAAGGAAAUGUAAAUAAUGAAUGUUCAGAUCCAAAUGCUGAAUGUAUUGACAAAAAAUGUACAUGUAGUGUUGGAUUUUACCGAUUCUAUGAAGGGAGUUCUCAAAGUAAUUGCAGAAAAGUGCAAGAACUUCAAGUUACAGGAAUUACGUUUCCAAUUAUUAAAACCACAGAAUUUACUGUAUCUUGGACUGUACCUAUUAGAUCUAGUUAUGUAAGUGGAUAUGAUGUAGAAUGGCAAAGUGGGGAUAAGGUGAUCGAUUCAUUAUCUCCUCAAAAGGUUACAGGUUUGACACCUGGAAAAACAUAUGUAGUCAAAGUGAUAUCAAAAGAUACAGGCACUGAACCUGGUGAUACAAGGACAACUAAUACAUCAAAACAACAAGCUGCAAAACCAAGCAUGCCAGGUGCUGUAGCAAGUUCAGGAGAUGAUUUAGACGCUCUUGAUAGAAGCAUUACUAUUAGAUGGACAUCAGGAACUGGUUUUGCAACGUCAUAUAAUGUAAAGUUGUUUGAUGGUGAUUCUGAGAAAGGUUCCCGAAACACCUCAUCUUUAUCAACAACAUUUAACAAUGUACUGAAUGGCUAUAGAUAUAAUGUUAGAGUAACAGCAAGGAGUCAACAGUUUAAUGGAGACUAUUUAUGGAGCGAGACAAAGGUUUCUCCAAUUAAAACAAAAGUUCAAGUUUCAGAGGCACCACGUAAUGGUGUUUGUCAAUCUCCUAAAGACAGUGCUAUAACACUUGAUUGGGAUGCGCCUUCUCUACCUAAUGGUGAUUUAGUGAGAUAUCAUAUUGAUGUAAUAAAUACUACCAGUAACAAAGUACUGUUCCGUGAUAAAACUACAGGAACUGAAACACAAAAAGUGGUUGGAAAUCUUGAACCAGGAACCAACUAUAUAUUUCGGUUAUAUACAGAAAAUGAAGGAUAUAUUUCAACAAAUUAUGACCAGGUGUCAUCAUCUUGCAAAACUAGAGCUAAGAUGUCCAUGAAGCCAGAAAAUUUACAAAUAACAGAUGUUACAAGCCGAAGCUUUCUCAUUACUUGGGAUAAACCUCUAGAAACAUACAGUGCUGAGAAUUACGGAUAUGUUCUGCAAGUUAAGGAUGAUAAAGGUGCUUGUAAGGAAGAGGUUCUAUACAAAUGCUCAGACUGUAAAGGAAGUUUCCAG